UCACGCCGCUGCAUGGUCUCGCGCGGCGGGCAUAGCCUUACAGCAACCUCACUCAGCCCGACUCGCACCAUCGCUAACUCGGCGAUAGGCUUGUCCCUUGCAGAAGGAUAGCGCCUCGUGCAGUGAGGCCCACGGUGCAAAGAUGAGCAAGUCAGUAACAGUUCACCUUCUCUUGACCGUCGCCCUCGGGGUGUCUGGCGAUGUCUGGAGCAACGGCCACUUGAUCUCCGCUGAGAUAGACGCCUUUUCCGACAAGAUGAUCGAGUACAUAAACUACCUCAACACCACCUGGAAGGCCGGCCGCAACCCUGGCUUUGAAGAUCUUCUGUACGUGCGUAGCCUCCUCGGAGUGCCCCCAGAGAACUCUUUGUACCGACUGCCCGAGCAGGCGGUAGACAUCAGCUCACUUGGUCCCUUGCCCGAGAACUUCGACUCGCGAGAAAACUGGCCCGAGUGUCCCACCAUCCGCGAGAUUCGGGACCAGGGCUCGUGUGGAUCCUGUUGGGCUUUUGGGGCCGUGGAAGCCAUGUCGGACCGGACCUGCAUCCAUUCUCCGGCUGGAGGACCGAAGGCGGUCGUCCACCUUUCCGCUGAUGAUUUGCUGUCGUGCUGCCGAACCUGUGGGAUGGGGUGCAAUGGCGGUUUCCCGGGUUCCGCCUGGAGCUUCUGGGUGCACAAGGGCAUUGUCACAGGCGGCAACUACGACUCGGACGACGGCUGCAUGCCGUACCCAAUCAAGGCAUGCGACCACCACGUCAACGGCACACUCGGACCCUGCGACAAGAAGAUCCCGCCCACGCCGCGCUGCGUGCACAUGUGCCGAAAGGGCUACGACGUCAGCUACAUGAAGGACAAGCACUACGGCAACAGUUCUUACUCGGUGCCGUCGGUGCCAAAGCUGAUCCAAGCAGAAAUCAUGACCAACGGUCCGGUAGAGGCGGACUUCACUGUCUACGCUGACUUCGUCCACUACAAAUCUGGCGUGUACCAGAGGCACACGGACCAGGCCUUAGGCGGCCACGCCAUCCGGCUGCUGGGCUGGGGCGUCGAGGACGGCGUCCCCUAUUGGUUGGCCGCCAACUCGUGGAACACGGAGUGGGGAGACAAAGGCUUCUUCAAGAUCCUGCGCGGAUCGGACGAGUGCGGGAUCGAAAGCGACGUCGUUGCUGGACUCCCUAGACAUUAAAAUUCCUCACGGGCAUUUUCUUAGCCAACGAGCGCAGCGCAAGGUGCUCGAUAUCAACACGCAUCUGUGCCGUCUGUUCACACAGAACCAUUUCUUUUUUACCCUUCUAGUUAUAUAGGAUAACACAGGUUAAUAUUUGUGAGUAGUGUCGCCAGUAAUACUCGCGAAAUAUAUAGUGUCUCGCUGUAUACUAUGCUUCGCGUAAUAAAAUUGAUGGAGUUUUACGUCAA